AUGGAUUUCCUCGCGAAUAUCAUCAAAAGACCCAAAAGCAUCGCCACCACUGGCAUCAGCACCAACCAGCCAACGACAGUGGAAGCCCUAGAAGCUGCUAGUCCCGCUGAUGAAUGUUCUACACCGAGGGAUAAGGGAGGAGUUACACGUGUAUCCGCGCACCUGGACACGUUACUGGAGUCCGCCUCUGAGGAGCUGCAGCGACUGGAGGGAAAGCACUGUGAUCUAUUUAUGGAAUCCAUCUCGAAACCACUCCCAGCCCCCGAGGACAGCACUGAUAGUAGAGAAGAAAUACAGAAAUUUCUAAGCGAAAUAAACUUCAAUCUGAACCAAGUUAGUGCUAACGAAAUGGAGCACUUGCAAGCCAUGAGUGGCGAGCUGAGUCCGCUGGCGGUGAAGCCCAGUCCCAAGCCGACGAGCAUGGAUCAACAGAAGGCAAUGGCGGCAGCUCUGGGCCAUCAGACGGCGGUACCCGGUGGCCGUAAGCUAGACGACGACCUCGUUCCAAAGUUUGGAGGUCUUCCCGAGUUCGAUGAGACGCAAAUACCGGAACUGGCUCCUUUAAGUACCGAUAUGGACACUCAACUGAAAACCAACCAUUCGGAUUCGGAUGUUUUUGUCGAGUGUUUAUCGCUUCAUAGCGAGCGCUAUACCGGAGAUCGAUCGGAGUUAGAGGCCUAUUCAAGUGCCCUCAAUGACGUUUUGGAGCAGCAGCUGUCCAUGACCUCAGCUUCUACACUGGAAGCUGCAUUCAACGAUCCUUUGGCGGUUAGCCAGCACAACAACGUCAGCUAUGAAGACAUGGAUGUGGAUGAUGACCUAAACGAAACCAUGGAAAUGUUAAAGGACUCCUUGGAUGCGGAAGACCAUCAUCUUAUGCAAACGCAUAUUCUCAGCGCAACCCAGCCAAAACCAGAGAAUAAUUCUGUGCACUAUCUUCCAAAUCAGGAACAAAAUAGGGUUGAACUAGACCAGUUAGCCAAACACUCUAAACGCAAUAGUAAUGCAAAGGAGCCACCAUUGGUAGAAUCAGUAUUGUCUGAGGAGUCUGGUACACAAUUUCUUGAGCCGGAGCUCACCUUAUCUGCAUUGGACUGUACGAAAGACUCAGCUAAGCAUCAUGAGGAAAAGCAAACGGAUACAGAAGAUGUAUUUCAGAAAGAGGACCACCAUCCGGUCCGUAGUGCGCAAAUGGAGGACGCACAAAAUCCUGAGGAGCCUAAAAGGGCCUUAAAUCUCAAAGAGGCUUCUUCAGAACUGUCCACAAAACUAGCAAAUAAUCUAGAAUGCCCUAAUCAAGAGAAGCAAUUUUCGGUGGCAGUAGAAUCAAAGGAGAGAACAUGCACUGCCAUCAGCCUUGAGCAAAGUGCAUCCCCAGCUAUGGAGGCAACUGAAGACAGGACUGUGGAGGAGCUUGAUCACAUGGACGUGGAUGAAUCCAUGAGAGUGGAUGAUGCCCCAGUGCUUAACUCAUGUCGGCAGGAGCAAAUGCAUGCUCUUUCUCCCGUUUCAAGCAAAUCUUUUUCAAAACCCUGCGUUGAAAAUGAUACGGAUUUUCAAAAUUAUAAAAUUGAUCAAAAAACUGCAGGCAAAGAGAGUCCAUUGAAGAUGACUGAAAUAGAGCUGCCUGUGGAAUCUGUCCCAUCAGCACCACUCUCACCGCCGAUACCCACACUUCAAGCAAAAAUGAUGGAACUGCCCCUUUCUCCGCCCAUACCUACACAUCGCCCAAAAACAGCGGAGGAACUAGAGUUCCUGGCUCUGAGGGAGCUGCCCUUGCCCGAUGAUGACCCCACGGCGGAAAAAGUGGUAUUUAAGCAGCUAUCACACGGCCGCGUACCCGUGGUGGCAGUCUCACCAACGCCACUUUCCUUGGAUCUGAAAGGAAAUACAACCACUGCAAGCCUUCCAGAACCCACUUCGCCCAGUUUCCCCAUCAAAGAACCUGCUGAAAAACAGUCCCACUUUCCACGCUCACCCCGUGCUCAGCCCGAGCAAAAGGACAUGCCCUAUUUGGAAGAGGCUGUUGUAGAACGUUCUUCAGAUCGCAAGCAAAGCGAUUUCGGUGCCGGAGUCAUAGCGAAAUCACCAAUAGUCUUUCAGUUAACACAACCGAGUCCUGAGAAGCAGCACCUCAACGAAACCUUGCCCAUGAGCGAAAUUUCUCCCACUCCGUCAAAUAUUACCUUUGACAGCGGAAGCAUUACGGAGGACAAAUCACAGAAGGGUACAGAGAAUAUUGAGCCUUCGUCCACCUUCGCCGUAAGUCUCGGAUCGGUCGAUGAUAAGCAGCGCCGCACUUUCUCGGUGGUUCAGCCCACGAAGGAAGAGGAGGAGGCCAAAUCGCGUCGGACUUUCUGUAUGGAAAAGGAGAACACUCGCCGCACCUUCUGCAUGCAGCAGAAUGCUUCUCCAGCGGUGGAGGCCACCGAAGAUACCGGGGCUGAUGAAGUCAUGGAUGUAGAUAUCUCCAUGAGGGCAGAUGAAGUAGCCGUGAUGAAGUCGCCUCAGCAAACUUGGAAGGAACGCCAAGCACCAAUUUCAAAUUCACCACCUAUUCCUACCCAUCAACAUUUAAAAAGACCCCCUAUCCAUGAGGCGAAUUCUCCAGUGUCACCAUUGGGAAAUGGCACCGUUGUGUUGGAGGAGCAGGCUCUCUCUGCUAAAGAGCAAGCCACGCUGAGCGCCAGCGAUGAGAAGGACGAUGUUUUCUUGGAGCACUUUGGUGCCAUUUCUCCAGUUUCGGAUGACAUGUUCAAAACCAGCAGCGGCUCGAACAAUCAAGCAAAGUUUAGGGUCAGUGCUGAUGAAGAAACCGGAGUCAAAGGCGCUUCUGCGAUGAUCAGGAAGAGAAGUGGUACAGCUGGCGAGCAGGAAGCGAUCUUCGAUGCCGAAUUCCAUGAUGGCGCCAACAACCAAAACUUGAUACUGAAUUCAUCAGAUUUUGAUUAUUUGUACACGAAAGGCAGCAAUAGUGCGCCUAUCGACCGCAGUUCGCUGCUGUUGAAGUUUGAUCCCCUCCUUGGAGCCCCUGUUCCCGUUAAUCAUCCGAAUCAGCAGGAGCAGGCGCUGCAGAAUAUUCUGGGAUCGAACCAGCACCAGAACCGGCUCCUUAGCCCAACAUUGGAGGAGCACGAAACAAGUGACGGGAACCAGUCUUUUGGAUUAAUAUCGAGUGCCAAAGAUACAGCCAAGAAAUGGGAUUUUAAGCCACCUGUGGAUAGAACAAAAAAGCAUGUUAAAAUGAGUGUAGACGUCAUUGAUAACGAUUGCAACAAAACCUUCGAUAAUUCCAACACUAAUACGGAGGAUAAGACGCACAACUACAACGAUAUGGAUGAGCUGGAGAAGAAAAUCAAAAAUGAAGUAACGCGGUCCGAAGACAUUGAAAAGAAGCUCAAAGAGGGAGAGCUGCGCGAGGAGGCUCUGAUCAAGCGUAUUACAGAAAAGGACAAAACAAAUGCAAAACUAAACGGUGUCAUCGAGGCGUAUGAGAAGGCAAUUGCAGAGCUCAUUAGUGAGAAGGAGCAGCAGGCACAGCUUCACGAACGGCAGUUGCAGGAAGUCCAGGCAGACCGGGACGCAAAUUACCAUCACUUAACGUCGUUGGAGACGACAUUUUCCGAUCUGCAUGUGAAAUACGAGAAAAGCAAAGAGAUGACCUCGCAGCUCAAAAGCAACGAGGAAUCGCUUCUGGCUGAGCGAAAGCAGAUGAUGGACAAUCUGCGGUUGCAGGAACAGCGCUACGACAAGAUGAAGAACCAUGCCAUGCAGCAGCUGGAAAUUGCCAACAAAAAGCUGGACACCUACGCGAGGGAGCAUGCCGACGAGACGAAAAAACUUAAAGCUUUACUUAAGAAGGAGGAGAUCUCGCGGGUCUCGAUGACUGAGCAGCUGCAACAGAAGUCACGCGAAAACGCUGAUCUGCUCAAGAUCUGCGAGGAGCUCAUCUAUGGCAAGGGACAAGGUGGUAGUAGUUAAACUCAACUCGCGGAUUGUCCGGAAUGUAAUUUAUAUGUUGCUGUAAAAUCGCACACACCCUCAUCACAACACUCAUUUGGCAUAUGGAGCCUUUCUAGCAAGCAGCAUGUCCGUAGAUCUGUAACUGCGCCACCAUCGUCGUCAUCUCCAUUUCUGUAAUGGUGUAAUAACCGCUCGGUUGCGUGCUCUUUACUGAUUAAGAAAAUGCAUAUGCACAAUUGUAUCAUUUGCCAAAUCCGCUUGUGUUGAAUUUCAAGAUUUACACCUAACGUUCCGACACAUAUUAUACUUUUUCUAGAUUUUUAGUUGACCCGAAAACACUCACUUACACAAAUCACAGGCAGAUCAAUUGAGUUUGAGUCCCGCUCGCCUUACGGGUCUGGUUGCCCGGCAUAUGUUACUAAUUCUCUAUCGUAUCGAAUCUGUAUCCUGAUUUAUGUUCUAUGAUAUUACUUGGCGGCGAUCUGUGCCGAAAACUGUGGUUUAGCAAUCUGCGAGAGAAGCAAAAUGAUAGUGUGCAGCGGAAGCUAAACCAGCGGUCAAUUGCAAAUUGUAAGGAACAGCGUUAGCUUGAGGCGCGCUUUUAUAAAAUGUUUAAGUUUACACUUAGUUUAUUUAAUUGAAAAUUUGUAAUAGUUGUACUAAAAAUAUCUCUGUAACACAUACUAGUACUAAAACAAGGAAGCGUAAAAAACAGAAAAAGGGAUCCUUUUAAAUACACGAAAAAAAUUAAUUUAUUCAUAAUACAACACAUUCGUUUGCUUCGUUCAACUUGUAAUUAUUAGUUUGCGCAUUAUAGUGAGAGGUUGCCUUACGUAGCAAAAACAACAAGUUUACAAACAAAUAAAUAAGACCGAAGCGCUAUGACCCCA